UGAUAUUAUGGUUAACCGACAUAAUAAUAUUAUUAUUCUUAUAAUGCGAUUGCCGUGCACGUAAGGUAUUAUCAAAGAAUAAUAAAUAAUAUAAUAUUACUCAUUCUUAUCGUUCAGAAUUUGAGAUCGGUAGCAUAAAAUUUAUCGACUACAAUAAACACUCAACACUUUAUAAUAUUGAUUAUUGAGCCAUUAAUAUUUAACARAGGUUAAGGCGUUAUUGUCUAAAAUGGCGAAUUUCUCGUCACCGAUGCCAUCCAGAGAGUUCUUGUGGGACGUGUUUCAGAGGGUUGACAAAGACAGGAGUGGAUUCAUCUCGUCUGAUGAACUGCAAAUGGCGCUUUCCAAUGGAACGUGGACCCCAUUUAAUCCAGAAACAGUACGUCUUAUGAUAGGCAUGUUUGACAAGCAUAAUCGAGGUACUGUAUCUUUUGAUGACUUUGGCGCCUUAUGGAAGUACGUAACUGAUUGGCAAUCGUGCUUUCGAUCAUUUGACCGUGAUGGCUCUGGCAAUAUAAAUGUGACAGAACUAAAAGACGCCCUAUCAUCAUUUGGUUAUAGACUCGGUGAACAGAUUGUAUCAGUUAUGCUCAAGAGAUUUGACCGCUUUGGUCGUGGCACUAUACUUUUUGAUGACUUCAUACAAUGCUGUGUUGUAUUACAUACCUUAACUGCUGCAUUCCGUCAAUUUGAUACUGAUCAAGAUGGAUAUAUCACUAUUCAUUAUGAACAAUUUUUAAACAUGGUAUUUGGCUUGAAAAUUUAAAUUAAGCCAUUAUUAGUAUUAUUAUUAUUUUUUU